ACCGUGCUUCAAUUUAAGAACUGACUAUAAACAUGGGCCUAACUGUUUUUUCCCUCCUUGAAGCAUGGACGCCUCACUCCCCCUUCCUCAAUAACAAUUGACCCGACAUGUUCGCAUCCCAACUUAUUCCGAUCUUAUUCUCUACACUCCAUUUGUACGAAGAAUAUUUUAUUCAUUGCGGGAUGGAUCAAAGUACAACGGGUCAACUUGGUGUUGCCUCGGGCAGCGCGGAGAUUCCAAAAACUCCUAAUCCCACCCCGAACGAGAAUAAGAAGCAGAAAAAAAAUUGGCGAUGGUGGGAUAAGAAAAAGUCGAAGAAGAAAAAAGAAGAAAAAAAGUCCGCACCUGCGUCGGAUACUGCGCAGCUCCACAAGUUGGUCAGAUCCACCCCGAACCAGCGGGACAAGCGAGUCUCUCGGAAUCCGCGGUCCCGAAAAUCUCACACUGACGGUCCGCCGAAGCAGACGUCUUCGGACCCGCAGACGGCGGAAGAACGAGCAUUAGCGGUAGUCGUUAACACCAUACUAAAUCGAAUGUCAUAAAAAUCAUGAUGCGGUAAAAAUAAAAAUAUUCCUGAUAAUAAUAAGAAUAAUAAU